AUGCCCGUUGCUGUAGCUAAUUCGUUUACAUAUCAGAAAAUGCACAUUAAAUCUGACCAGCACGUGUCGAUGAUGUUUUCAUAUCAUCGUAGCAUCGGAAGCAUCUAUUCGAUGGAACUCUGCGUGAAGCUCCAAGAUGUGGGGGGCAGCUCAUCUAGUUCGAAUAACGUGGAGGAAAUGCGAAAUUCCGGUGCUGGUGAAGGCAUUCCAUUUUUGGACAUAGGUAGGGGUCGUAGUCCGUCCUUUAAUGCCUUCGUGGCCCCCGCCCAGAAUACAGAAAUACCUGACCGACGUCCCUUCCCGAAUGUCCAUGUUGCAUAUCCGGAAGGAAUGGCCGACGGGUUGGCUGACUCAUCUGAGGAAGACGAGAUUGAGAAUGAUAGUGGAGAGGAAGCAGACGUUGUUCCGGAAAUCCAACCGGUUCAGGGCGAAAGGGUCAUCCCAAGUGUUAUUGAACCGAUCAAUGUUGCAAGGGUCGGAGCUCUUUCCAGCGGCACCCCCGACCAUUACCUGCACCUCAGUCUUGGUCCAAUGAACUCGACAAAUGCAGAGGACAUACCCAGUAACUAUGGUUUGACAGGUGAAAUGGAGCUAGAGGUUGGCCUGAAAUUCCUGACUAAGGAUGCAGCAAUGCUUGCUGUUAAGAACUACAACAUACGUCGAAGUGCGGAAUUCAAAGUAGUGGAGUCAGAUCAUACCAGGUAUGUUUGUCGAUGCAAACUUUUUGGUGACCAAUGUUCCUGGAUGGUGAGGGUUGCGAAGACGAGGGCGUCCAGAUUUUGGGAAGUUCGAAAAUACCAAGGGCCUCACACUUGUUUGGCGUCCGCGACUUCCCAAGAUCAUGCUCAACUGGAUUCAAAUGUCAUAUGCCAGCACAUAUUCCCCAUGGUUCAAGCAGACGCAACGAUUUCCAUAAAAGUGUUGCAGGGGUCCGUGGAGUUGGCAUACGGAUACAAGGUGUCUUACAAGAAGGUUUGGCUAGCGAAGCAAAAGGCAAUAGCGAGAAUCUAUGGAGACUGGGAUGAUUCUUAUAACCAGUUACAGAGAUACUUCAAUGCGUUGCAAACCUUUGUUCCAGGGACAAUUGUUGACCUACAAACCCAACCAUACUACGUCGGCAACACCCUCGAUCGUGAAAGCGUCAUGUUUCAUCAAGUUUUCGGGUCAUUCCCAUCGUGUGUCGAGGCAUUCAAGCACUGCAAACCUCUAGUUUCGGUUGAUGGAACACACCUGUAUGGUAAGUACACUGGUACCUUGUUGAUGGGAAUAGCACAGGACGGAAACAACAACAUUCUUCCCAUAGCUUUCGCGCUAGUGGAACGGGAGAACACAGAUGCAUGGUACUUCUAUCUGACCAACUUAAGGAGACAUGUGGCUCCGCAACCAGAUGUUCUACUGAUCUCUGACAGGCAUGCUGCCAUAAAGGCUGCGUUGGAGCGAGAGGGUUGUGGCUGGGAACACAAUGUUUACUGUGUCCGACACAUUGCGUCCAAUUUCGCAACAAACUUCAAGAGUAAAGAAGCCAAAAGACAUCUUGCGCGGCAUACUCGAAGACCCAAGAGCAGGCACAGUACUACCUAG